AUGGUCGCUUAUGGGCUGAGCAUGUCAUCGAAGAUCGAGGCUGCAAAAGGAGUACGCCGUCCGUACGGAGCCACCAUCACAGAAGCAGAAGGCCAACAACCACGUCGUGCACAGAUCGUGAUGUCUAGUCUGCCAGUCGAGAAGCUGCCCGUUUCGUCAACAGAUCCAGGAUGCAAGCAUGUCGUGACAGUCGAGUACAAGCUGACAGGAAAUGACAUGAAGCUCAAGAAUCGUCAAAUGUGGAAGAUCGGCAAGAAGUACUGGCAAGCCGACUUCUUCUUCGUCGUCAUGCUUGGACCAGCCGAUCUUAGAUUUCAGAUUGAAGGCAAGCAGGGUAUCCUUAGCUCACGCCAUGACAGUCUGAAGGUGGAGUUCGCGGAUGCAGUAACAUCGUCUGCUAGGUAG